AUGAGCGCUGAAUCCCCGACCGAACAGGGCGCUGACCCGUCGCCCAUCGACAACUCCGAACUCCCUUCAAGGGAAACCAUCCGGACGAUUCAUGAUCGUACAGUCCUCGACAAAGAUGGCCAGGCGCACGAAUUCGGGAGCCUGUAUUCGGGCCCCCGGGUGGCAAAACGGGUCUUAGUCAUUUUUGUCCGCCAUUUCUUCUGUGGUAGUUGUCAAGAGUUCCUUCGCACCCUAUCAGAAUCCAUCACUCCAGAGACCCUUCUGCCACACCAGACAUCGAUCGCUGUCAUUGGCUGUGGAGACCCAGGGUUGAUCGAGCUCUAUGAGCGCGAGACUGGCUGCCGAUUCCCCAUCUAUGCGGAUCCCACCCGGCAGCUAUACCAUGAUCUGGGCCUGGUUUCCACCUGGGACCUGGGUCCUCAGCCGGACUAUAUCAAAAAGAGCAUGCCGCGAAUAGUCAUCGAAUCCAUCGUCCAGGCACUGAAGCAUGUCCCAUCUGGCUUGGCUCAUAAGGGCGGGGAUAGCAAACAGAUUGGAGGCGAGUUCCUAUUUGAACCUGUCGAGGCAGGCUCGACUGAAGGAGAUGCCGCGGAGAAGCAGGUGACAUGGUUUCACCGAAUGACGACAACCCGCGACCACACUGAGGUUCCAGAGCUGAAGAAGGUACUGGGGAUCAGCACGUAG